UCCAGCCUGCCGUCGUUGUAUGCGCCCGGUUUUCCUUGUGGCCGGGGUCUGCUGCUGUUGCUGCUGCUGCUGCUGGUGGUGGUGCUCCUACUCUCGCAAUUCGAACUGCGCUGGUUUAGAUACGCGAUGCUGUGACGGUGCCUUUCAGUCCUCGUCAUUCUACGCGCCAGAGCGGAAAGGAAAAAUAAGCGCGCAACCGGUACAGGGCUAAGGUCCCCACGCGUUUGCAACUCGACUGCAUUCAGACUGUUAGAUUUUUAGUGAUGUUCUUUUGGGAAAACCCUAGGAAUCGAAAUGACCAAUUGUGGUGUCGUAGCAGGUGAUGUUUAGUGAUUUGAUUCGGUUUUUAGUGAGUGAUUUUUAGACCAGCUGUGAUUAGUGUGAGGAUUCAUUCAUUUGUGAUUGCACUACAUGAAGGAUACUACCGUACGAAGGAUUAUAGCAGACUCACGGAUUUUAUAGCAAACAAUACUCAACUGGUUUUAAGGCCUUGCUAACCGCUGUGCCAUGAAGGAGAAGAGCAAAAAUGCGGCCCGGACCCGACGCGAAAAGGAGAACACCGAAUUCACCGAGCUGGCCAAACUGCUGCCACUGCCGAGUGCCAUCACAUCACAGCUAGAUAAGGCUUCCAUCAUUAGGCUAACUACGUCGUACCUGAAAAUGCGCCAGGUGUUCCCGGAAGGUCUGGGGGACGCUUGGGGUUCGCAGCAUGUGCCCAGCAAUCCCCGUGACUUGGCCAUCAAAGAGCUGGGCUCUCAUCUGCUGCAAACGCUGGAUGGGUUCAUCUUUGUGGUUGCCCCCGACGGUAAGAUAAUGUACAUCUCCGAGACAGCUUCAGUGCAUCUGGGCCUCAGUCAGGUGGAACUGACGGGCAACUCGAUCUACGAGUACAUCCACAACUACGACCAGGAUGAGAUGAUUUCGGUACUUUCACUGCAGCCAAACAUUUUUGGAUCUGCGACGCCACCGCCACCACCUCCCCCACCAGCAGCAACGGUAACGGUUCAACUGCUUCCUCAGUAUCCAAUGGGCAGCUCUCCUCCCGCCGCAACAUUAGUCAGUCAAGGGCAACCGUCGGAAUCACCUCCCCAAAACACCAGCUGUCCUCCGUCGUUAUCCCCAAGCAUUAGUAUUCCUCCUCCACCCGUACAACCCCAUCUAGGUCCCCCACCCCAGGUACCCCCGGGUCUUUCACCUUCCACCGGGCAAAUUCCACCACCCCACCUGACAGCGAACAUCCCCUUACUACCGAACCCACACCAUCAUGCUGCUUCGGCUGCCCCUCCUCAGCAUCACCACCACGCGAAGCACCAUCACCAUCACCCCCACCAUCAUCAUCACCAUCACUUCAGCCAGCACCAGCAGUCGCAAACAAUCGAAAUCGAGCGUACGUUCUUCCUGCGGAUGAAAUGCGUACUGGCGAAGCGGAACGCCGGGCUCACCACUUCCGGCUAUAAGGUCAUCCACUGUUCCGGCUAUCUGAAGGCCCGGAUUUACCCCGGCGAUAGCACCUACGGCGACGGGCACAGCUGCAUCCAGAAUCUCGGUCUGGUGGCCGUCGGUCAUUCACUGCCCCCAUCGGCAAUCACGGAAAUCAAGCUGCAUCAGAAUAUGUUCAUGUUUCGCGCCAGCAUGGAUCUGAAACUGAUCUUCCUCGACGCCAAGGUGUCCCAGCUGACUGGAUACGAGCCGCAGGAUCUGAUUGAGAAAACACUGUACCAGUAUAUUCAUGCGUCCGAUAUCCUGCACAUGCGGUAUUCUCACCAAAUUUUGAUGUACAAGGGACAAGUGACGACGAAGUACUACCGAUUUCUGACAAAGGGAGGCGGAUGGACGUGGGUUCAGUCGUAUGCCACCGUGGUGCACAAUACCCGCUCAUCUCGGCCCCACUGCAUCGUCAGCGUUAAUUAUGUGUUAAGUGAUCAGGAAGCUCGCGAACUGCUUCUGAACGAGAUUCAGGGACCAAUGAUUCCGAAGCCGGAAAUUCAAACACCGACCGCUACUCCAGCCACAGUAGCAGCUUCGGUGACACCAAUUUCGCCACCGCAGCAUAUCCCAAUACAAAUCACACAACAGCAGCAUCAACCUCCGGUACCGCCUACAGCUCUACAACAACAGACACCAAUUCUACCGCCACACAACCCUCUCCUGGUAAAGGAAAUGUCCAACUACCUGCAACUGCAUAAUUUCGAAGACGAUAAUAGCCUCCAGCAGAUGGUUCAGAGCAGCAACAUGCACCAGCCACAGCAGAACAACCAAGACUACGAACAUCAAUACAGCAGUCAGGCUGGUUUCAUGAUGGACUCAAACCAGUCAAUGUCCCAAGGAACACCUAGCGAAUUCCUUGAUUCGUACUACGAUCCCUUCUAUCAACCGUACGAUCCACAGGCGGACAACUCUAACAUGCUACGACCGUUCUCUGCCAGCUCGAACAGUUGCAGUAGCUCGGACGGCGAAGCUCAUCUGCACGCCACCUACAUCCCUAAUACGUCCCUGAUACAACAGCAACAGUCGUCAUAUGACGAAAUCAAUCAGCAUUUUGGAAUCAACUGCUUCAACAACAACAACAGCAAUGGAACUCCUUCAAAUGGCCAGCUGAACGGCAACCACAGUAAUCUAAACAAUCAUAAUCUACACCAUCAGCAUGGCAUGGUUGGUAGCGGCUCGGCUGCUCCAUCUGGUGCUGCUACCAGCACAACUAGUAGUAGUAAUCAAAACAUCAACAAUAAUAACAACAGCCAUCAUGAUAAUGGCUUUUUAGACGACUUUAAAACCAACCAUCAUCAUCAACAGCAGCAGCAGCAACAACAUCCUCAUGGCAACAACGGUCAUCAUCAUCCUCAUCAUCACUCACAACUUCACCAUCAUCACAAUGGGCCACAGUACACCAGCGUGAUCGUGGAACCGCAAAACUAUCAUCUGCCUGUUACGCAAAAUGAGUUUGUACAUUAGAUUUCUUUGGCUCUCUGAAUUUGGUGGCACAACAGUUUUUAACAUGAACUUGUUUUGAAAAUUCGUGUAGGGAAAACGAUUACUGAAAAAAGACUGCAGGCAGUUGGUAUUGUCAAAUGUAUUUUGUUAGGACAGUAAACGAUAUUAGUGUAGAGAUAAGUUUUUACUGUUAUUUCUAGGUAAGUUGCUUACAUGUAUAGUAUUUAUUUAGAACAUUACAUGUAAAUAUUUGAUACAAAACAUUAGAAGCUACAUUAAGAGUGGAGUAUUAAACAA